CAAAAAUGAGCUGUCAAUCUUGUAGUGGUUGUUUUACUGGCUCAAGCUGCUCUACUCCAAAACCUUUAAAGAAAAAUGCACUAGUUCAAGAAUUAAGAUUCCAAUCCUUACUGGAUCUAGCAGCAACCACACCUGAUAAUAACGAUAGCCAACAACAGCAUGACCAUGUAAUACCUACUAUCAUGGCAGAAUUAUCGAAGAAUGUCUAUUCCUCGCAAACCGUACUCUUCAAAGCAAAUGAUGAGUUACCAUUAAAUCAAUUCCUCUCAUUAGCAAAAGCGCUUUAUUCAGCUAACAUUGUUGGUGUUCAUAUAGCUUGGGCAGCAGAGUUUUGCCAAGACAAUGUUCAGCAAUUGCUUGACAUUUUAACAAAAGGAGAUCCAACAGCCUUGCUACAACAUUGUGAUGAUCAAGCCGAGGUUUACGAAUUAUUUGGCCAAUUACCUCCCGGCUCCGUAGGUAGAAUUGCGUCUGUCAAAGAAUAAAUAUACCCUCUUCCUUUCUCUUACCAUAUAUAUAUAUAUAUAUAUAUAUCUUGCAAGCUAAAGAAGAGUGCUUCAUGUUAUGGAUUGAUAUAAACCCAAUACCAACAGACUGUCAAAAAUUGAGAUAAACGGUCUGCUUUGUAUUUUUAACCAACUUGGACCAAACAAACGCAAAUCCAUUACGACGAGUAUACGAAACAAUUUAUCUACAACUAUUGAACCUCAGAGUUUUCCAGAAAGUAAUAGAUAUUUUGAGCUAAAACGUAUGAACGAAAGUAAUAAAUAUCAAAAAUAUAUACUUAAA